AAAGAAUGUAUGGUGAGGCUCAUCUAUUGUGAAAUGCUGGGAUAUGAAUCUUCCUUUGGAUAUAUACAUGCAAUCAAGCUUGCACAGCAAGGGAACCUUCUGGAGAAAAGAGUUGAGCAAAUGGCUUAACUCCAAGCAAUGCUAUGUCUGCAUACAGAGAAGGAAGGCAGUGUCUUGCGGGAUAUACUUGUUUGAUAUCCUUUGUUUGAAUUUCAUCUGGAUCAUCCACUCAAGUGUUGGAGUUUCUGAGGAAAUGCCUUACGAGUGAUGAUUUAAAGUUGCUUUUUCCCUGAGUAAUGCAAACCAGUGCACAGAUGCUCUGGUAGUGAUUAAGAAAGUUAAUCUUCAGCAAACCUGGGAGGGCAGGUGGUAAGCUGAUUUGAAGAAAACUUUGUAUGACCUCUGUUACUUGGCAGUUUCUUUAUUUCUCCAUGAAAAUCAUGAACUGCUACUUCUGCUUGUGAACACAGUUGUGAAGGUACAGUGUUUUUGGAGGUUUGGAGGACUUACAGAGCACUAAUCUAGUAGAGGUGAGCAUGGCGUUAACCAUUGUCAGCCAGAUCUUUCCACGGGAGAUGAUUCCAGCUGUUCUUCCCUUAAUAGAAGACAAGCUCCAGCAUUCUAAGGAAAUUAUCCGAAGAAAAGCUGUUCAGGCUUUAUAUAAAUUCUAUCUCAUUGCUCCUAACCAAGUACAGCAUAUUCACGACAAGUUCCGGAAAGCCUUAUGUGACAGAGAUGUUGGAGUCAUGGCUGCUUCUUUGCAUAUUUAUCUGGAAAUGAUUAAGGAAAACUCAUCUGGGUAUAAAGACUUGACAGAGAGUUUUGUAAUCAUCCUGAAGCAGGUAGUUGGAGGGAAGCUCCCUAUUGAUUUCAAUUACCACAGCGUGCCAGCGCCAUGGUUACAAAUUCAGCUUUUAAGAAUACUGGGACUGUUAGGAAAAGAUGAUCCAAGGACAAGUGAGCUGAUGUAUGAUGUUCUGGAGGAAUCUUUAAGAAGAGCAGAGAUAAAUCAUAAUAUUACCUAUGCCAUCUUGUUUGAAUGUGUCCAAACAAUUUAUACAGUUUACCCCAAAUCUGAAUUACUUGAAAAGGCUGCCAAGUGCAUUGGAAAAUUUGUUUUGUCACCCCAGAUUAAUUUGAAAUACUUAGGUUUAAAAGCUCUGACCUGUGUUAUUCAGCAGGAUCCUAAUCUGGCACUUGAGCACCAGAUGACAAUAAUUGAAUGUCUGGACCAUCCGGAUCCCAUUAUUAAAAGGGAGACUUUAGAAAUUCUUUAUAGAAUUACAAAUGGACAUAAUGUGAUUGUCAUUGUUCAGAAGAUGCUUGACUACUUAAAAGAAACCAAGGAAGAAUAUGCUAUCAUCACCUUAGCUGGCAAAAUAGCAGAACUGGCUGAGAAGUAUGCUCCUAACAAUGAGUGGUUCAUCCAGACCAUGAAUGCAGUGUUUUCAGUUGGAGGUGAUGUUUUGUAUCCUGAUAUCCCUAACAACUUUCUGAGGCUUUUGGCUGAAGGAUUCGAUGAUGGAAAAGAAGAUAGACAUCUGCGAACAUACGCAGUGCGGUCUUAUUUAGCUUUACUCGAAGAGGAAAAUGUGUUCUACCCACAGAAGUUCCUUCAAGUCAUGAGUUGGGUUUUGGGGGAAUAUUCCAGCCUUGCUACAGAUGUUGAUCCAGAAAUUAUUUUGACAAGGUUGCACAACUUGCUGAAGAAGACUUUUGUUACCUCUGAAACUAAAGCAUGGAUUAUGGCUGCAGUCACCAAGAUAGCAUCACGUGCCUCUUUUUCCAAAACAGUUGACAAGUUAAUCCAGGAAUUCAGUGGCUCUCUAGAUACAUGCAUGAGACAACAUAUCUUUGAAUUGAAGCAUCUGUGUGAAGACAAAGUAUUGAUGAAGGGCUUGCUUCCAUUUGAUGCUAGUUGUAAUGACAUGGUGGUAGAUGCUUCCUUAUCUUUUCUGGAUGAGUUUGUGGCUGAGGGACUUGGCCGGGGUGCAGCACCAUAUAAGCCCCAUCACCAGAGACAAGAGGAGAAGCUUUCUCAAGGGAAAGCUCUGAAUUUUGAACCCUAUGGAUUGUCCUUUGCUUCAAGCGUGUCCUCAUCUGGUAUUGCUGGUAGACAGUCCCCCACUGGCUUAUCAUUUGGUUCUGAUACAUCUGGUAAUAGUGCUGAGAUGGGGCAUAAAGAGACAAAUACUCUGAAAUUGGAGGGAGUAAGGAAGCUCUGGGGCAAAGAAGGCUAUCUUCCAAAAAAAGAAAGCAAAGUAGGGAAAGAAGAUGAGCCGCAGACUGUGUCUUGUAGCAGCUUAUUAGCAGGACGGGUGGCUGAAACGCCUGUGUCACAAUCUGAUCAAGUUUCCAGUCUCUCUGAGGAAGAAAAAGAAAAGCAGCAGCUGGCAUCAACAUUGUUUGUUGGGCUGGGAUCAAAUGCUGGUGUCAGUCUGAUGGGGAAAGUGGAUUUGUCUACUCAGAAGUUCAAAAGAAAAUCAAAGGUAGAUGAAGCCCAAAGUAAUGAGGAGGCACUGGAUAUGCAAAAUAGCACUGCAUCAGAUUUUGGUCCCUUACUUGAUACUGUAUCUAUUACCAAGGAAGACUGUGAUGGAGAUAAACGCACAGUGUUAAGGAAACCUUCCCUUUGUUCUUCAGAUACUGUGGAAGAAACACUUCAGUCUGUAAAAAAGCCUGGGCUGGAUGACAAGCUUUCAGAUAGCAGACUGUCUCCACUGUCUUUGUUUGCUGAUAGUAAUAUUGAAAUUCUUCAGCCUUCUCCAAGUUCUCAGUGUGAAAAUGCCAGUAAAACAGUGCUGCUCCCUUCCUUAGCAGAAGAACUGGAAGAACUCCCUCACUCUGAAGUAACAGAACUUUGUCAGAGUGACACCUUAGCUCUGUAUUUAUGUAAGGUGUGGAAAGAUGACUCUUUGCUGCUAGUUGUGUUUGUUUCAAAUAAAAACACUUCUGCACUUAAUGCUGUGAAUGUAGUGUUUGAAAAAGAAGAACAUUUUCAGAUUUUGGAGAGCCCUGCCUGCCAGUUUUCUGUGAUUGAAGCUCAGAGCGUGGGGUGUUGUCAGAAGUGCGUGUGGAUGGACAAAAUCUGCACACAGGGAGCUAUUUCUGGCUUUGUUAAUUAUCAAUCAGAAAUGGAAACUCACCUUGAAUUUUCAAUACCUUUAUCACUGUUGGAUUUUAUCAGGCCAAUGGAAAUGACUACAGAAGACUUUGGGAAGCUGUGGUUGUCCCUUUCCAAUGAUGUGAAACAGAAUAUUAAAAUGCCAUCUUCUCAAGAUUCCUUCUCAGCAGCUCUCAGUGUACUGCACCAAAAGCUGAAGCUUCACAUAGUUGAUAUUAUAGGUAAUGAGGGAAUACUGGCAUGCCAGCUGCUUCCAUCCGUGCCAUGUCUGCUGCACUGUCGUACUCACUCAGGGAUGCUGGCUUUGUGGUUCAGAUCACCUUGUUCUGCUCUUCCAGAUGGUUUGCUCUAUCAGUGUCAAAAGGUGAUGGAAGAAUCCUAAUAACAACAGUACCUGCCUUAAUCUAUUUGGGGUGAGAAAAUAAAGCGAAGGAUUUACAGAGUCACACUGAUAAUUACCAAAGUGAAUUUAAGGUAUGCUUCCCAGAAGUGUUCGUGGCUUUCUUCCAACUGGCACUUGUCUUGGACUUGGAAGGAUGAUGACCUAAAAUAUGCCUGCAAAAAUGUGCUCAGGACUGUACAGUGACUACCAAAUAAUCCAUUAAAGUACCGUUCUCUGUUUAAGUGAAUGUAUAUUUCUUUUAUUGUAAGUGACUGAAAGUAUUUAUUUUCAUUAUGCAGCUUUUGUAGGUAUCAACAGUCAUUCUUUGUAGCGAUUACCUAAAGAUGACUUUAAAGCCAACAGAUCUGUUUUAUGCACUCAGACUUGAACGUUUACUGGGGGUUCAUCUGAUUCUUUUGAGAAUUUUUCUAACAUUGUUUUUUAAACACUGCUGGUGGCAACAAGCCCCACGCUGGUGGUUGUACAGAGUAACCUAUGUAGCAACAAGAGCAUGUUUUUAAUGAGCACCUGCCAUGAUCUUGACUUACCACUAGUGUGUAAGUGGUGACAUCUGAUUAGGACCUUGGUAGGUGACAGGCAUGUGGAAUUGUGUGAAAGCACUUCAUGGGAUGGGAUCUAAGACACUUCAGGUUGCUUCCUGUCGGCAGUUCUCUGUUCAUGUUUCAGUCCUGUUCCCUUUCCUUAGGGGUCAGCAGCACUCCCAGUGUCUGAACCAUCUCCACGAUCACAUUUCAUGUGGACCUCGUGAGAUCAUGGAGGUAUCUUUCAGACACCUGUGUAUUUAAUCUGGCUAGAUUCUCUGUCCAAGAAAAUUCAUGUGAGGAAAACUUCACCUACACUGUCUAAUUAUGAAUAGCUUGAGUAUGACAGAUGUGGCUGUACUGUAUGUGCAUGACCAGGAGCUGCAGUAAGGCACGUGAGGUCUGAGUUGGUCCAUGUGGUUUUAUUGAAGAACGUGAAAAUUGUCCAGAUGAUUCGGAUGUAAUGUAAAUGGUGUCUAUGGAAGGAUUCUGUCCUUCAUGAAUGUUAAUAUGGAAUUGAGAAUUAACAAGCAAGUUUUAACUUCUAGUUUUAUUGAUUCUUACCCAAUAAGCACUGGUUGUAAAGGAAAAUAAAGCACUCUUUGCUGUGGUUUGGCAAAUGUUUGUGAGACCACCAUAUCAAUGUUAAUGUGCUGAUAGUUCCUUUUUUUCUUUAAGUCACGCUGCUUGUAUCAUCACAAGCAAAGCUCCUUUCCUUUUCUAUUGCUGUUUCAGUACCUUGUUGAGGAAUCUGAAGUGCACUGAACCUGUAAAUAUAUUUAAUGUUCUGCAUACUUUAAUGUUUCCUGGUAACUUCAAGAAAGUUUCUGUAGAUGAAAGUGGAUCAAUAGUGGGUUAAUAUCCAGCAAAUGAUUUUUCUUCUGGUAAAUCUGACUUCUGUUAUACAGUUGGACUUUUGUAAUCAUGUGAAAUGUGAUGGAAGUAUGUUUCUGGCCUAUGCAUUCAAACCAUUUCAGAAUUUCAGUUGUUUGGCCUGGUGUUUAAAAAGAGAAAAAACAAUGCCUUCUAUAACUCAUGUAAAUGCUUUCUGACCUUUUCCACUGUAUGAUAAUGUAUGGUGAGCUACAAAUAUGCGGUUCCAAGAGAAUUAUGCUUAUAUCACAUAAAAAGUUUUGCAGAA